AUUUCAGCAUGACAUCAAGCUACUUUUCUACCCCAUACAGCUAUCCCACUAACGUGCAAGUGCACAAUCCAGUUUCAAUCUACCCUGUAGGUGCGUUAAAUGAAAUACAAAACCAUACAAUUGUCGUACCAAGCGUAUCUGGUAGAAAAUUGUGCAGAGGGGUAUGGUUAAAGUUGUGUUUACUGGUCUCCAUUGUGUUUCAUUUGAUUUUCGUUGGUCUCAUCACAUGGACCCUCUUAACAUUUUACAAAACUCAACAAACAGAAGUCUGGACUAAGCCUGUGUUUGAAAAGGGACAACCCAAUUUUUUAUCCCAAAAGCUUCAGCAGACCAAUUCUUCUUCAGUCAUUUGCAUAACUAGAAAAUGCGUUUCAUGUCAGAGAGAGGUGAUAAGAGUUCUAUUUGGAAAGAAUGAGUUCUUUUGUAGGAAUAUUGAGCUCUCCUUGGAAUUGCUUGCUAAAGAGAUAUUAACAGCUGGAAAGUUCUUAAAGAAAAGGAAAUUCUCCUUUAAUUCGUAUUAUGUUGACCUAAAUUUAUCUAAAGACAAACAUGACUUUGGAACACUGCCACUGAUUAAAGUGAAUGAUAUAUAUGAACAAUUAAAAACAACAAUUGUCAUAGGAAAUCCGGGUUGGUUUAGGAUAAUCGUCGAUUUGACCAUACAGGCUGGUAGAAAUGUUUGUACCAAACGCACCAAAAACUUUGUCCGGGUUACCUGCGAGGAUCAAUAUUUAGGACGAAGGACGUUAUUGCAAAAAGACUGGUCAUGCUCCCCGGAAAUACAUGUAGAAGAGCGUUUAAUUCAACCAAUGGAACUAGGAGAAAUUUUUAAAUUAUCAAAUGGAAGCAUUAUUUAUGUAGAGGUUUUGAAUAGAACCCAUCUGUAUAAAGAUGUAAAAUCGAAUUAUGUGGGAUUGGUAGAAAUUUAGCUUUACAACAAUUAUACUUUUAUACAUAAAUUGAUAGAACAAGAUGUGUUUGAGAAACACUGAUACCCCUGCAUGGUAGCUUAUAGCGAGGGUUGAAGUUUCUCAAAUGCAAGUUAAACUACAUGUACAAGUUAAAAGCUAAAAGGUCCAAGUUGUUGAUAUCCAAAGGAAGUCUUGUCACAAAGAAUACAUCUGUGAAAUUCGAAAGUCCUUAUACUACUGUAGAUCACCAUAUUUUCGCAAAACUGUCUUUGACUCUUAGAUGCGAGACAAAAUUUUCACGGAUUUUGGCUAUUGCUCUCUCUUAUCUU